AUGGCUACUGCACGAAGAAAGGAAUUCCUUUGCAUCCUUCCCGACAACCCAAAUGUCUUGGCUAUCAGAAAACAAGUUAAAGGAAUCCACUAUGACGGAGUCAAACCAUUAGUGACCGCCGGAAAGCUCGUCGACGGAGGUGCCAUAUUUGAGAAACACCCCGAAGAGGGCAAGGAUGCCCUGUUUAAGGGUAGCGUGAUUGUGUACUCGGCCAAUAGUGCUGAAGAAGUCCGCGGCAUCAUCGAGAAAGAUAUUUACGCCACUAGCGGUGUGUGGGACUUGAGCAAAGCACAAAUUUUGCCUUAUGUCCCUGCCGUUCGAGAGCCACUUCCAUGA